AUGGAAAACAUAAGUCCAUUCAAGGGGAUAAUCAAAGACGUCAAGGGAAGAAGUGCAUGCUACAAGCAAGAUUGGGUCAGUGGAUUUCGCUCAGGAUAUCGGAUAUUAGCUCCAACUACGUAUAUCUUCUUUGCUUCUGCUCUUCCUGUUAUUGCCUUUGGUGAGCAAUUGAGUCGAGAUACAGAUGGUGCUCUUAGCCCAGUGGAAACAUUGGCUUCCACAGCUCUUUGUGGAAUCAUUCACUCCAUUGUAGGUGGGCAGCCUUUGUUGAUUUUAGGUGUUGCAGAGCCAACAAUUAUAAUGUACACUUAUUUGUACAAUUUCUGCAAAGCAAGGGCAGAGUUGGGCAAGCAACUCUUUUUGGCUUGGGCUGCAUGGGUCUGUGUAUGGACAGCUUUGCUGCUUAUUCUUCUUGCUAUAUUCAAUGCAUGCACCAUAAUCACUAGGUUUACAAGAAUUGCUGGAGAGCUUUUUGGCAUGUUGAUAACUGUUCUUUUCAUUCAAGAGGCUAUUAAGGGAGUGGUGAGUGAGUUCAAUAUUCCCAAAGGUGAAAAUCCUAAUCUGGAGAAAUAUCAGUUCCACUGGCUAUAUACAAACGGCUUGCUGGCAGUCAUUUUCUCAUUUGGGCUGACAAUCACUGCUCUAAAGACGAGGAAGGCAAGAUCAUGGCGGUAUGGAACAGGGUGGUUUCGAAGUUUUAUUGCAGAAUAUGGAGUUCCCUUAAUGGUCGUGUGUUGGACUGCAUUGUCUUACACAGUACCAAGAAAAGUUAAUUCUGGAAUUCCCAGGAGGCUUUUCUGUCCACUUCUUUGGGAACCUGAAUCAUUACCUCAUUGGACAGUGAUAAAGGAUAUGGGAAAUGUUCCAAUAGAGUACAUCUUUGCUGCCAUUAUACCAGCAUUGAUGAUAGCAGGACUAUACUUCUUUGAUCAUAGUGUUGCUUCACAGUUGGCGCAACAAAAGGAGUUUAACCUUAAAUAUCCAUCGACUUACCAUUAUGAUGUCUUGUUGCUAGGAGUAAUGACUUUAAUUUGUGGGUUGCUGGGACUCCCUCCUUCAAAUGGGGUCCUUCCACAAUCUCCUAUGCACACUAAGAGCCUUUCAGUUCUCAAGAAGCAGUUGAUUCGGAAAAAAAUGGUAAAAAGUGCCAAGGAGGGCAAGUUGCAACAUGCAAGCAACUCAGAGAUCUAUGGAAGGAUGCAAGCCGUGUUUAUAAAAAUGGACCAAUCUCCUGCAGUAAGUACUAUUGAUAAUGAGUUGAAGAACUUGAAAGAGGCAGUAAUGAGAGGUGGUGAUGGUGAUGAUGAUGCAAAAGAAAAUUUUGAUCCCGAGAAGGACAUUGAUGCUUAUUUGCCAGUUAGAGUUAAUGAGCAAAGAGUAAGCAACCUGUUGCAGUCACUCCUUGUUGGACUUUCGUUGUGUGCUCUGCCUGUAAUAAAAAUGAUACCUACCUCGGUAUUAUGGGGAUACUUUGCCUACAUGGCCAUUGAUAGCCUCCCAGGGAACCAGUUCUGGGAAAGGUUAUUGCUACUUUUCAUCACUCCUAGCAGGCGCUACAAAGUUUUCGAAGGUGCUCAUGCAUCAUUUGUGGAGUCAGUGCCUUUCAAACCCAUUUUGAUGUUUACACUGUUCCAAUUUGUGUAUCUCGUGAUAUGUUUUGGGGUAACAUGGAUACCUAUAGCUGGAAUAUUGUUCCCACUGCCAUUCUUCCUUCUCAUCACCAUCAGAGAGCACAUCUUUCCAAAGUUCUUCCAUUAUGAACAUCUUCGGGAACUCGAUGCUGCUGAGUAUGAAGAAAAAUCCGGGACACCGCGAAGAAACUUUGAUUUAAUCAGGGAAGAGCAAUCAACCGACUCACGCAGUGAAGGAAGUGAAGAUGACUUUUAUGAUGCUGAGAUAUUAGAUGAGAUAACAACCAACAGAGGAGAGUUAAAACUUAGAAGUAGAAGCACGAAGGAAGAAAGGUUAUAUCAGGUUCAUCCAGAAGAAAAGGCAGAACUCAACAGCAGCAGCAAUAGGUUUUAGUGUAAGCCGAGCCUGCUAUGAUGAAGAUUGCUAAUUUCUUUCCUUUAGUAUAGCUAGUUAAUCACCCCCCAAAAAAGAAAGUCGGAGCUUGGUGACACUUUUCUUGUAAGAGGAAGGAAUGGAAGAGACAAUUUUGAAAGGCUUGCAUUUAUAAAUCUUUCUCAAAACAGUCAGUACAGUGUUAUUCCUUCUUGCCUAAAUGUUUUCUUUUUUUAAACUGCGCACCCGACUUAUAUAAUUUAAUAAAGAUGACCGUGGAACAGGGCAAAGGAUCAACCUAAAUGAUUGAUAAUCUGUCUUUGCCUUGUUCCUUCAUUGAUGAAC